AUGGUGGCCAAAUAUAAUAUAAAUCCAAACAAUUUCUAUUAUGCCAGUACGUUAACAGCAGCGCAAAUUACAGAUUUAUCAGAGGAGGUAGACGGGAAAAAUCGCCUGGCGUCGGAGCAAACGCUUAUAUCGAACUUGUAUUUGUGUCUGGGGGAGAAAAGACAAGAUGAGCUACAUAAGAGAAAACCACACCUGGAUUUAUCUGCAACAAGGUAUUCUCGAGUUUUGGAUACUAUUGAAACCGAAUUUCGGAAGGAACGAAACGAAACUUACGAGACAUUCCAACUAUUGGCACGGAAGCAACAAAUAGGAAAAUCUCUGGAACAGUUCCACGCAGUGUUGAGUGGGCUGGCCGCUCGAUGUAAUUUUGGAGCAUUGGAGACCAGGAUUUUGCGGGAUGUGCUCAUUGUGAAUAUGAACAAUAGGGAGGCCCAAAAUGAGCUAUGUCGAUCGACGAAGACACCAGAGGAGGUGUAUCGUAUUGCACUUUCACAUGAAGGUGGAUACAAAUAUGCUAAGUCAUACGGAUCGGUAACCGGGGGAGGAACUAGUGGCACUGCCGGCGGAGCUGGAGCGUUCCAAAUCAAGACGGAACCAGUGGGGGCCAUCCGAGGAGGUUACAGAAACAACAGACAGCGGGGCCGUGGAUCGUUUAGGGGGCGAGCAGAAAUGAGAGGGCGUGGUUCCAGAAGAUGCUAUAAUUGUGAUCGACCCAAUUUUACUCCGGAACACAUCAGAACGUGUCCAGCGAAAAAUGCAACGUGUAAUUUCUGCAGGAAAACGGGACAUUACGAGAGGACUUGGAGGGGAAAGCGAAAUAAUCGGGGAAGACCGGCAGUGGGACUAAUCCAAAGUCAGGAAGAUAUGGAAACUACUGAAAUAGGCGACGCGGAGGAUACAUACUCUCAGCAUGAGAAUUCCGUUGGCUGGGUUAAUACACCGGUCAAGAAGCAACGAUCAUGGGAAUCAGAUAGCUCAGGAGAUUACGUUGUCAUGGCUAUCAGAUCUCGGAAAGAAACAGACUUAAAAGUGGCCGGCGCCCGAUUACCAAUUAAGGUAAAUGGAAAGCAAACAAACGUUUGGAUAGACAGUGGAUCACCGAUUGCGAUAUUCACCAUCAGGGAAUUGAAACGGACGUUGGGCACCGCAGGCGUCAAGGUGAAGGCACCGGCACCGGAGGAUGAGGAGUUCAGGGAUUACGGAAACAACCCCUUACGACUACUAGGAACGAUGGACGUACUGUUGGAAACGAACGGAUGGGUGACCAACGCAAACAUCAGAGUGAUUGGAGGAAGCAGACCAUCAAUUAUUGGAAGAGACCUAAUGCCAAAUCUUGGAUUACAGAUAGUGCAGAAGGCACCGGAGAAAAAUGUGAUGUCGGUACAGAGCGAUCAAUCUGCGGCCGAGGCAACGGAGGUGGAGGAUUUACUAGACAACUGGCAGAUCUAUUUCAGUGGUCACCAAAGGCACGGAGAUUGA